AUGCCUCGUGGACGCACUGACCAGACUCGCGGCAUGACUGAGCGCGAAAAUUUCAACCAAUCUUAUCUCGAGGAGUCUGCUGCUGGUCGUCUUCGUGGCUAUGAUACCCGUGGAUAUUGCGAUUCUGACCGUGGCGGGCCUCGUAUUGCUGGUUCGCGUGACUACUGGCGUUAUGCCGGCGUUGCUUCUCGCGGUUAUGGAAGCCAUCCUGCCACGAGAGAAGAGGAUCCCUCAGGCUCCUCUGACUCCUCCGACGUUGAUUUUUUGGCGGGAGAUUCCGUGGGUCCUCGUUCUGGGGGAACUCGUGGCCAUCGUGGCAUGGUCAGAGAGGACUACGAUUCUUUUGACGAGGAUUCUUUGGCUGCAGAAUCUGCUAGUCGCCGCCUUGGCGGAACUCUCGGUCACCGUAGGGUUGACGACGAUUCUGACUAUGAUUCAUUGGCGGGAGACUCCGCUGGUACUCGUUACGCGGGAACUCGAGGCCAGCGUGGACAAGGGCCUCCCCACUCCCGUGGAACCGGUCCUCGAUACGCGGAUAGAUACGCGGAUACUUUGACCGAAGAGUCCGCCGACGAUGAACCCGACUGUCAUCGCCGCGGCACCCGAGGUGGAGUUGCAGCCUCAGCUCGUUAUAGUACACCCUCAUCUCGUCGUCGAGAACUUUCACCUUCCCCCCGUCGGGGAGGGAUGUCCCCCGGCGGACGUGCAGGAUCAGUCGAUUCUUUGGAAUCCGAGGCCGAGCUAGGUGAACGCAAUCCUAGUCUUCGUCACUACGGAGGUCAGCGCGCCCCUGUCUCAUAUGGGCGCUACGACGGCGGUAGGGACUCGGCUCGACGCCGUUAUUGA